GCCCCGGACUUCGCUCCCUCUGCACAAGGUUCAUUCCCUGCACUUCAGGCCGUGGUGCCGAUUUCAAGCAGCCGAUAGUUUUUUGCCAGCAGGUUGUCUCGUCCUGGAGGGGCCGGGCUUCGCACACCUAAUUCUUUGCAACUCCGCCGCAGACAAGGAAGUAUUUAUUUAAUGAGGAUACACAUCUCUCCUCAGCUUUUUAGCGAUCGGGACACGCAAUGAGUAGUAUCGGAGAGAGUAUUUUUCACUCCAAAGAUUAAGUAAAUUCACCAUUUUAGUCAUUUGAAAUGCUGCCUCGAACCAGGAUCAUGUCAUGGUGCCUGUUGCUGACUUUUUUCUAUCAACAAGUUGAAGUUGAUGAGCCACAUAGUUCAAAUUCUCCUCUUCCAGCAGUAGAUGCUUCUAUAACAGAAGACAGUGAAAGUCAAAUCCACCUCAUCAGACAAAGAAGAAAUGUCAAUCAGCAAACUGAAUACAACAUAGAUAUUGAAAUAAGCAUAAGCAGAAAUGGUCUUAGCACCCUGCUAAUGGACCUGGCUAAUUUCAGCUAUCCAAUUAUACUGCCGUUUGCAAAUGGCACUAUCAAUAUUACCAACAUCACUCCUACAACAUCCUGUCAAUUAGUGAACAAUGAAACUCAAUGCACAUGUAUUGGUGAAUUUAUAUGGAACUCAACAUUUUGUAGAAAAUACCAGCCUUGCAACCUAAAUACUCCAGCCACACAGGCUUGUGACUGCAUCAGGGGUUAUCCAACAGAGGGAGUAUUCUGCGAUGACUCACCCAUAACGACAACACCCGCACAAAGUACUGCACCUACAACAAGGGCAAAGCCCACCACAACAAGGGCAAAGCCCACCACUACUACACCACCAAUGACCACGCCAAUCAAAAAAGAAAUUAAGAAAAUUGGAUUGAGAAUUCCAAAUCAGACCUUCACUGCUGAACUGAAAGAUUCUUCCUCAGAAUUGUAUCAAAGCCUUACAAAUGAAUUAACUGUACGGCUUAAUGAAGCCUACAGAAAAGAGAUUCCGGAUGCCAUGGUGACAGUUUUAGGAUACACUAAUGGGAGCGUUAUUGUAGCACUUCAACUAACCUCCGACAGUGAUUUAGAUGACAUUGAAUCAUACCAGGAAGCAGUGCGCGAAACACUCUCUGGAACGUACGAUAUUCAGUUUUUGCCCGAUGAUAGAAUUCCAUGCAGUGAUCCUGUCUAUGGCACCACAAGCUUUAAUACCACUGCAACAAUUGCAUGCAUGGGAUCAGAAGGAGACAUGAGAAGACAAUGUGGUUUCAAUGGAACCUAUGGAAAUGAACUUAAUUUCUGUCUAAUACCAGAGAUCAGUAAUCUUCGUGAGUUAACCAAGUCCCCCGAUGAAGUGGCAGCAAACUUUUCCAGUCUUCUUCAGGAAUUAUCUGACGUCUCAGAUAAUGAAAACAUCACCGAACCUGGAAAUGUACAAGCUGUUAUAGAAAUACUGACGACAUUUUCGAACGCCACUGUACCUGUUGACGAAGCCGAUUUGGCGCACUUUUUGCAAACUGUAAACGCCGUGAUUUCUGAUGAAUCAGUAGCCACAUGGACAAUUCUCUCUAACACAACAGUUGACGCGAACCCUAGCUCUCAAUUAUUACAGUCAGUGGAGAUGUUUACUAGUCGGCUCAAUCUGACAAAUGGCACUAUAGGAAUUAAACAAAAUAAUCUUCAGCUCGUCGCUACUAAAAUUACUCGAGAUGAAAAUCGCACUGACAUUAAUGAAACCUUUGAGAGUUUUAACAUUACAGGCUAUAAUAAUUUAAGUGCUAAUAUCAUCAUUCCUGGUAACGAAUUUGAAACCGCCGAAGAUAAUGUUGUUGUCAUAAUUGCAUAUCCAACAUGGAUUGAUAUUUUAAGAAAUGAUACGCACUUUGAGGGAAUCUUCGAAAUUAAUAGUCUAGUUAUGACAGUAACAUUAAACCGUAAAAAAACAUUUACAAUGAAUAUGACGUUCUCACCAAGGAACAUGGAACUUGAUUAUGACACUGCCACAUGCGCAUUUUGGGAUUUUGCUGGAAGAGGCGCAUGGAAUGAUUCAGGCUGUACGUCUAGUCAGGAAGGAGGCAACAUCACUUGCACCUGUGAGCAUUUAACAUCGUUUUCAAUUUUAAUGUCUCCUUUGUCCCCUUUAAGUAAAGACAACGAAGUUUUGGACAUUUUAACCGAAAUUGGAAUAGCCAUUUCAAUCGCCAGCUUACUAAUCACCAUUAUUAUAGAAGCAAUAGUAUGGAAGCACGUGACCAAGAACAAAACAUCACACACUCGCCAUGUUGCAAUUCUGAAUAUUGCGAUAAACCUGCUGAUAGCAGAUAUAUGGUUCAUUGUGGCUUCCCAUGUAUCGCCCGAAACAGAAGCUUGUGUGGCUGCAACGUUCUUCAUUCAUUUUUUCUAUCUUGCCUUAUUUUUUUGGAUGUUCACCCUUGGCCUUCUACUUAUAUUUCGCUUGGUUUUCAUUUUCCAUGAUUUCAGUAAGUCAACCUUGAUGGGAAUCUCAUUCAGUGUUGGCUAUCUCUGUCCACUAAUUAUCUCGGUCAUCACAAUCGGAGCUACACAUCCAACAGAUGAAUAUAUAAGAAAAGAUGCCUGUUGGCUCGGUUGGAGGGAUAAAUAUCCGAUACUUGCUUUUGUUAUACCUGCUCUGGCUAUCAUUGCAAGCAACGUUGUUGUUCUGAUUGUGGUCAUAUUUAAACUCUUACGACGAACAAUCGGAGAUAGGCCCAGGGGCCACAGCGAGGAGCAAGAAACAAUUAAACAAAUUGUGAGGAGCAUUGUGGUGCUAACUCCAAUUCUUGGACUCACAUGGGGAUUUGGAAUACCAACGUUUCAAGAGGACUCGCAUGUUGCUUUUCAUUAUAUAUUUACAAUCCUCAAUGCUUUUCAAGGAUUCUUCAUUUUUCUCUUUGGAACAUGCUUGGAUAGCAAGGUGCGAGAAGCCUUACUGAAGCAGUUCUCUUUGAGUAGAUUGUCUUCCCGAUCAAGGACUGUACAGACUUCUUCCACUGGAAGGUUUCGCUCCAAGACUGGUAUUGCAUUUCCUGGGAGAAAAAAGAACUACAACAUUACCGGCCAGGUAGCCUCGGGGAGCAAGGACAAAUCCCUCAGCUAUUCUACUCUGCAUUAACUGCUGCCACUCUGAAGAUAAAACGGAUUCAUCAGGUGCAGGAAGAAAAUAGGCUACCACUUUGCCAAAACCAUUUCAGCAAUGAAUUAAAAAGAAAUGAUUACAUAUGACAAAAGUUACAAAACUGUAGAGAAUGUUGGACAUCUUGUUACAAUUGUUUUAAUAUGUUACAAUUGUUUCAUUGUGUAGUGAGGCAAUAAUUAAUAUCACAAAGAGUAAAAGGGCAGCAUGGUAGAUGAGCGUUCGAGUUGCUGUCUUACUAUACCAGAGACCCGGGUUCGAACAUGACUAUGGGUGCUUGUCUGUAUGGAGUUUGACGUUCUCCACGUGACCUGCAUGGGGUUUUCCCGGUUUUCUCCCACACUCCAAAGACGUACAGGUUUGUAGGUUAAUUGGCAUGGUAUAAUUGUAUAUUGUCUCCAGUUUAUGUAGGACAGAAUAAGUGUGCGGGGAUCACUGGUCGGCACGGACUCGGAGGGCAGAAGGGCCUGUUUCAACGCUGCAUCUCUAAACUAAACUAAACAACUAAAAUCAGAGAACAUUUUGAACAUAAAUUACCAUUGAUAAUUAGCAAUUGACUACUGUAUUGUAUGGGUUAUUAUAACAUUCUGCUAUUCAUGAAAUUAUUCACACAUUGAUUGGUCUAAAUAGAUUUGAUUAUGUAGAUAAUAUUCGUUUUUUUUUGUGUCUUGUUUGUACUAUCAUGUCACUUCCCAAUCUCAGGUAUAUUCUCCUAUUCCUGUAAAGGAUCUGCUGAACUUCUUGGGUUCUGAACUUUUUCAAAAACAUUCUGAUGAUCUGAAGUUUGAUUCUUUUCCCAUUGGAAGUAUGCAGAAGUUUGCAGAAAGAUUCUCGGAACCAGUGGAAAGGUUUGGCUUCCAUUAAUACGUUGGUUAUUAAAUAAAGCACUGGUCAGCAUGAAACAUGAGGCACGAAUAUAUCAUUAAUAGUUGGCUGCAAUAUGGUUGGUAAAAGGUAAGCAUGGAGAAGGAAAGGGAAAUAAAGAUAUCUCUUGGGCAGGGAGGGAGAAAUAAACUUGCCACAGAUACAGGUACUGCUUUUGACUGCCGUCUCAAGUAAUGAUAGGAGCAGUGUUUGCUGUGUUACCCCUCCUUAUGAUUGAAUUGCCUGCUGGCAUUCAUGGACUAGGUUCACACACUGGAUGUUACUUGGGGGAGAUUCAGAGAACUACUUUUCUUGGUAUUUUUCUUUGCAUUUUGAAUCGGCACAUACCUGAGCCAAAAUUUUAAAAAGUUGUCCUCUAGAGAGUACUCUCUAGAAUUUAGGAGAUUGAGAGGGGAUCUUAUAGAAACUUACAAAAUUCUUAAGGGGUUGGACAGGCUAGAUGCAGGAAGAUUGUUCCCGAUGUUGGGGAAGUCCAGGACAAGGGGUCAUAGCUUAAGGAUAAGGGGGAAAUCCUUUAAACCGAGAUGAGGAGAACUUUUUUCACACAGAGAGUGGUGAAUCUCUGGAACUCUCUGCCACAGAGGGUAGUUGAGGCCAGUUCAUUGGCUAUAUUUAAGAGGGAGUUAGAUGUGGCCCUUGUGGCCAAGGGGAUCAGAGCGUAUGGAGCGAAGGCAGGUACGGGAUACUGAGUUGAUGAUCAGCCAUGAUCAUAUUGAAUGGCGGUGCAGGCUCGAAGGGCCGAAUGGCCUACUCCUGCACCUAAUUUCUAUGUAACAUGAAUUGUCUGCUCUUUAGAAAGCUGGUUUGAUUACUUCCCAAUUCCUACCAAUGCAACCAUUUAAAUUAGUCUCUAAAAGUGUGUUUCUUUCACGUGUACUUUAAGGAUAGAUUUUUAAAAUAUAGAUUCCAUUUUAUAAGGAUGACGCCAGGACUCAAGGGCCAGAGAUUAUUGGGAGAAGUUAGGCAGGCUAGGUCUUUAUUCCUUGAAGCGCAGGGAGAUGUGGAGUGAACUUACAGAGAUGUAUAAGAAUUAGAGGGGAAUAGAUAGGGUAAAUGUGCAUUUUACCCAGAGAAGGGGAAUCAAGUACCAGAGGACAUUGGUUUAAGGGGAAAUAUUUAAUAGGAACCCGAGGGCGACCUUUUCACACAGAGGGUUGUGGUAUGUAACAAGUUGUCAUAAGAGGUAGUUAAGGGAGAUACUUUCACAAUAAAUAUCUUUAAAAUACAUUUGGACUGAUACAUGGAUAUGAAAAAUUUGGAAGGAUAUGGGCCAACUAUCAGGCAAGUGGAUUAGCGUAGAUGCGGCAUCUUGAUUCAUGUAAGUAAGUUGGGCCAAAGAGCCUGUUUCCAUGCUUUGUCGCUGACACUUUUCACACAGACUGCUUGAGGUGGACACACUGAGAAUUUGGAAAAGGAAAUCAAUUAACCUCAUGGGCUGUUCUAGCACAUUCCUAUUGACGUAGCACGUUUCACAUCAAGAGAGAAAUUAAUUAAAUCUACGCAGUAAAUCAGGAGGACAUUUUAGAUGCUCUCUGAUAAUGAAAUGCGAAAUUGUCAUAACCUUUAAUGCAAUUCACUCAAAAGCAGUACACAUUUUUAACUUGUUUGCUUUAAAUUACUAUGCUAUACUGUUUCCAGACUCUCUUGUGCCCCACCCUGUAGUAGGUUCUAUGAAUUAAUGUGUUCAUUCCAGAGCAAUAAUCACUUGAAUGGCAGAUCAAUCACUGUGGGUAGGUAGGAGGUUAUUUCAUGGAUUUCUCAAUUUUCUGGCUUGUUACUAUUUGUGAUUCCUUGAUGCAUUUUUCUUGCCCCUAGAGAAGCCUGUGAGGCUCAUUGAUCUUGCCUCCUGAAUUCUCAGUGUGUCCUCAUCAAGAAGCUGCAGAUUGUCUGUGUGAAUCUAUAAAAAAUAUCUAUCCUUAAAGUAAAUUUCACAUUAGUGCUGUUUCAGGACACCAAUUAGAGGAGACAAAAGAAAUUGUGAAUGCUGGGAUCUUGAGUAAAAAAACAAACUGCUGGUGGUACUCAAUGGGUUCAUCGAUGGAGCAUCUAUGGAGGGAAAUGGAGAGAUGAUGUUUCAGGUCGGGACCCUUUUAAGAAUAAUCAGUCUAAGAAAGGGUCCUCACCUGAAACAUUAUCGGUCCAUUUUCCUCAACAAAUGCUGCCUUACCUGCUGAGUUCCUCCAGGACUUGAUUUUUUGAUGUAGAACACAUCUUGGUGUAGAUGCUGUGUAGUUUGAUCAGCUGUGGUUCUGUGAUUUCCUAAUUGUUGAGUCUAGGAACAUAGAAAUUGGCAUUCACAGAUGCAAAUGUUUUAGUUCUGCUUUUAUUUUGUUCUCUCCUUCACUGUGAUAUAAUUAUUCAUUGGCCUUUUGAACAUUCUGAACAAUCUUGUUGACUUGCUGAUGGUACAUCACCCCACAGUAGAGAUUGCUCAUUUUACAUGGAAAAACUGCCAAACUGGUUGUUGACUCAAGAAACUGCAGAUGCUGAAAUCUUGAGCAAUGAACAAGUGCAAAUGGGGAAGGGAAUCAGAUAGCAUCUGUGGAGGGAAUGGACAGACAGUGUUUCAGGUCUGGUGACUUGGUAUUUAUGUCAGAAUUGUAUUGGUUCAUUGAAUUCUGAAAACUGAGAACACCACCAAAUUAAAAAAAAUCUUCAUUGAAUAAUAUUAUUCUGCUAAAAUACUUUAAGUACAGUUUUUUUUUUAAACUUUGGAGAUAAUUGAUUGGGUUGCAGGAUAAUACUGUAAGAAAAAACUUUGUGGUGUAAGAAGCAUGUUGUUUCCAUAUUUCAAUUUUCCUUUAAUAGUUCAAGCCUUAAAAUAUGCACGUCAGCAAAUUAUCUUUAACAAAUAAGUUUUUUUUUAAAGUUGAGUUAUGAAUGGAAUAUAAAUUUGUAAAUUGCUCUUCAACAAUCGUCAAAUAGGACUGCUGUGAAAGAGCUCCAUUUCUCUUCAUGCUUUGUUAUUAACAUAAUCAAAUGUUUCUAUGUAUAUAUUAUAUUUGUGAUUGUAGAUUGUAAUAGGUAUGAUGUAAAUUAAGUAAAUGAGCGAUGUGAAUAAAACCAAUCUAAAAUUAAUACAAUAAAUAUAAUGACUAAAUUAAUGCGUACCAUUUGUUCUUCUACACGUUACGUAGAUUUAUACUUGUUCUC